AAAACUGUGCAAAACUUGACAGAGGCACUUCCAGGCUCCGCUCCUGUCACCUCCUCCGCUCCUCCGUGCUCAUCUGCCCCACAGCCCUGCACACAGCCCCCUGCACACAGCCCCCUCCUCCGGCCGUCCUGACCAUGGCUGCCCCGCUCACGGACCAGGAGAAGCGCAGACAGAUCAGUCUGCGCGGGAUCCCGGAUCUGGAGAACGUGCACGAGCUGAUCAAGGGAUUCAACAGGCAUUUGCAUUUUACGCUGGUAAAGGACAGGAACAUCGCCACGCCUCGGGACUACUACUUUGCCCUCGCGCACGCUGUCCGGGAUCAUCUCGUGGGCAGAUGGAUCCGGACGCAGCAGUUCUACUACGAGGCGGACCCCAAGCGCGUGUAUUACCUGUCUCUGGAGUUCUACAUGGGGCGGACUCUGCAGAACACGAUGGUGAACCUGGGAGUGCAGAACACCUGUGAUGAAGCCAUGUACCAGUUGGGUUUGGACAUCGAGGAGCUGGAGGAGAUCGAAGAGGACGCUGGUUUGGGAAAUGGAGGCCUGGGACGUCUGGCAGCUUGCUUCUUGGACUCAAUGGCCACUUUGGGUCUUGCUGCGUACGGUUAUGGCAUCCGAUACGAGUAUGGGAUUUUCAACCAGAAGAUCAGAGACGGGUGGCAGGUAGAGGAAGCAGAUGAUUGGCUGAGACAUGGAAACCCUUGGGAGAAGGCCCGCCCUGAGUACAUGUUACCAGUGCAUUUCUAUGGCCGAGUGGAGGAGACCAAAGAUGGCUCCAGAUGGGUGGAUACGCAGGUGGUGCUGGCGAUGCCGUAUGACACGCCCAUACCUGGAUACAAGAACAACACUGUGAACACAAUGAGGCUGUGGUCGGCCCGAGCUCCAAACGACUUCAACCUCAGAGACUUUAAUGUUGGAGAUUACAUCCAGGCCGUUUUGGACAGGAACCUGGCAGAAAACAUCUCCAGAGUGCUCUACCCCAACGACAAUUUUUUCGAGGGUAAGGAGCUGCGUCUGAAGCAGGAGUACUUUGUGGUGGCAGCGACUCUUCAGGACAUCAUCAGGAGAUUCAAAACUACCAAGAAAGGAACCCCCGGCAGGACUUCAUUUGAGAGCUUCCCAGACAAAGUGGCGAUCCAGUUGAACGACACUCACCCGGCCAUGGCCAUUCCAGAGCUCAUGAGGAUCUUUGUGGACAUAGAGAAACUGGACUGGGAUGUGGCGUGGGACUUGACUCGGAGGACCUUUGCCUACACUAACCACACAGUUCUACCUGAGGCUCUGGAGCGAUGGCCUGUCAGGCUCAUGGAGACUCUGCUUCCCCGACACCUGCAGAUCAUCUACCAGAUCAACCAGAAACACCUCGAUAAAAUCGCGUGUCUGUUCCCUGAUGACAUGGAUAAGCUGCGUCAGAUGUCUCUGAUCGAGGAGGAUGGAGAAAAAAGAGUGAACAUGGCCCAUCUCUGCAUCGUGGGCUCCCACGCUGUCAACGGGGUGGCUCAGAUACACUCCAACAUCAUCAAGACUCAAGUAUUCCGUAAUUUCAGUGACCUAGAGCCAGAUAAGUUUCAGAAUAAGACCAACGGCAUCACACCUCGGCGCUGGCUGCUCGUCUGCAACACUGGACUGGUGGACAUCAUCGCGGAGGCCAUUGGAGAGGACUUUGUCACGGACCUGAGUGAGCUGAGGAAACUCAACGACUUUGUGGAUGAUAAACAUUUUAUACAAAACAUCAUGAAAGUCAAACAGGAGAACAAGCUCAAGUUCGGUCAGUAUCUGGAGAGAGAGUAUCACGUGAAGAUAAAUCCGUCCUCCAUCUUUGAUGUCCACGUGAAGAGAAUCCAUGAAUACAAGAGACAAGUCCUCAACUGUCUGCACAUCAUCCACCUGUACAACAAAAUCCGCAUGAACCCGGCCGCCCCCUUCACCCCUCGGACUGUGAUCAUCGGGGGAAAGGCUGCCCCCGGAUACCACAUGGCAAAGGUGAUCAUUAAACUGAUCACUUCAGUGGCUGAUGUGGUGAACCACGACCCUCUGGUGGGAGACAAACUCAAAGUCAUCUUCUUGGAGAACUACAGAGUCUCUCUGGCUGAAAAAGUGAUCCCGGCCACAGACCUGUCGGAGCAGAUUUCCACAGCGGGCACAGAGGCCUCGGGCACCGGGAACAUGAAGUUUAUGUUGAACGGCGCCCUGACCAUUGGCACCAUGGACGGAGCAAACGUGGAGAUGGCCGAAGAGGCCGGAGAAGAAAACAUGUUUAUAUUCGGCAUGAGGGUGGAGGAGGUGCAGGAGCUAGAUGAGAAAGGAUACGAUGCCAUGACGUAUUAUGAGAAGAUCCCAGAGCUCAAACAGGUGAUGGACCAGAUCACCAGUGGAUUCUUCAGCCCCAAAAAUCCAAAUAUGUUUAAAGACCUCACCAACAUGCUAUUCAAACAUGACCGAUUCAAAGUAUUUGCUGACUUUGAGGACUACAUGAAAUGCCAGGAGCGAGUCAGUAAACUCUUCCAGGAUCCAGUGGAGUGGACAAAGAUGGUGGUCAGAAACAUCGCAGCGACGGGGAAGUUUUCGAGUGACAGGACGAUCGCUGAGUACGCUCGUGAGAUUUGGGGGGUGGAGCCGAGUAACAUCAAGAUCUCUCCUCCCUGUGAGCCUCUGCGCGUCGACCACCUCACCACCUAGAUCCAACAU